AUGAAUUUGAAAAUCCUUAUUUUUGCAUUAGCAGCAAUUUCAUUUUGUAGAUGCUACUAUCCAACAAAUGCAAAAAUAGACUAUACUAAACUUCCUGUACUUACUAACAUGACUUUCCCUGAAAUGAUGAAAUAUUUAAAUUAUCCUAUGGAAACUCAUUACAUAACCACUGAAGAUGGGUACAUUUUAACAUUCUUUAGAAUCCAAGCUAAAAACUCAACAAUUUAGAGUAAUUUACCUGCAGUCUACUUUUAGCAUGGCCUAGGUGAUAGUUCUGAUACAAUUUGUUUGAACAAUGAGGAAAUAGCCCCCGGUUUAAUGAUUGCUAAUGCUGGGUAUGACCUUUGGCUUGGAAAUAGUAGAGGUAACAGAUAUAGUAUGAACCAUACUAUAUAUUCUUCAAAUGAUACAUAAUUCUGGCAGUUUACCUAUUAGCACAUAGCUCAUUAUGACCUUCCAGCUGCUUUUGAGUACAUAAAAAAAGUUACUCAAUAAAAAAUACAUUAUAUUGGACAUUCUUAAGGUACUAUUGUUAUGUUUAUGGCUUUGGCCAGAAAAGAUUCUAAGGUCAUCAAUAAUCUCAAAAGCUAUAUUGCCCUUGGAGCAGUUGGUAAAUUAUGUAACAUUAAAUCUAAGCUUUUUUCCAAUUUGGCAAGUUUACCUGUUAUAGAUGCUAUUAUUGCAUCUGGAGCUUAAUAGUUUUUUCCUUACAAAAAUAAGCAGUUUACUUCAAUUUUGUGUACUAUCUCUCCUUAAUUAUGUGGAUUAACGCUAGAAGCACUAAUGGAUUUAGAUGAUUCAUAUGAUAAUAUAGAUAGAAUGAACAUUUUAGUUGGUCAUUGUCCUGCAGGAACUUCAACUCUAAAUGCCAGACACUGGGCUUAAAACUCUCGUGAUAAGGAAUUCAGGUAUUUUGAUUAUGGAAAGCUUGGAAAUCUAAAGAACUAUGGAUCUGUACUUCCACCUUAAAUUUAGCUAUAAGACAUAGAUUUCCCUAUUCAUAUAUUUGCUGGUUUAACUGAUGAACUUGCCCCAUUUGAUGAUGUUCAAAUUCUUAAAAAUAGUCUUACUGGAUCACCUAAUGUUACAUUAAACAUCUACCCAUUUGGUCAUGCCUCUUUCUUAUUUGCAAAAAAUAUGUCAUAUGUGAAUGACGUAUUUGCUAUUUUUAAGCAUUAUGAUUAAAAUCAAAUUCAAUUAGAAUACUGA